CUCGUGGCGAAAAAUGAUCACAAGAUACUUGUAUCCCCUGUUAUUCCAUCAUUUCUACGCGUCGUACACUAUUAUCUACAUAGUUAAGGCUUCUUACGCCCCAAAAUCGGCGCGCCACACGCCUCCGCGGCGAUCUAGCCGGCUUGGCAUCCAGGCUUGGCAUCUACCGACCGACCAAACCUCCCACCACGCGAGCGGCGUGGCCGAACCCUUACAAUGACGCCGUCCAAAGACCCGUUCGAUAUCGACGUCACUAAAGACGUUCCUAAGCUCAAAGGCCAGGCGAACUGGUUAACAUGGCAAAGGAACCUACGAAACUACCUACGCUCCAAAAAUCCGGACGCGUGGGACCUGCUCCAGGGCAAAUAUACUCUUCCAGAAGAACCAGCUCUUUAUUCGGAAGAGGAAGAUGAGAAUAUGAGAAUACUGGCUGUCCGUGCUGGUGAGGGUGGCCCUUUACCUACUCAACAACAGCUGGAACGCAGCAUUGAGCAGGCCAGACAGCGUAACCAAACCUUGCUUACUACAUACAAUUCUGAUUGCAAGAAGUGGAAACAGCUGAAUUACUCUAUACUUGUGAUUCUCGGUACUACAUGCGAGGCCAGUCCCGCAUCGCGUUUCCAAAACUGUGAAUCUGCACUCGAGGCAUAUGUCCUUCUCCAGGAAGCAUAUGAGACCUCCAACUUUGCUACGGUCGUUCGCUUGUAUAAUAAAUGGGCGUCUAUUCGCUACAAUGGUACAAGCAGUCAAGAGACCUUUCUUACAUGCUACGCGGACGCCCUCAAUGAGCUACGCGGCACAAGAUCAUCGACGAUCAUACUGAACUCCUGCAGUUCUUCACAGCGAUUCAGGACGUUCCUGCCUUGCAGCCGUUCAUUACAAACCAGUACAUGACACUGACAGAAGACGCGAUCCUGUCAUCAGUAUAUGCCCAAUUCACGCAGUUUGAA